UUUAAAAGUAUAUAUAUUAAUUGCUCUGUAUAUUUUGUUUGAACAGGUUUUUAAGAACUAGCUAAAGCCAUUAAUAAGAGUUGCAUCUAGGGGCCUCUUACAAAAAAAAGAAGAAGAAGAAGUAAAUAAAGCGUAAAGCCAUAAAUUACCAAAUAGGAUACUACUAUUCCAUACCCACUUAGUUUAUGUAUUUUCAAUUUAAUAAAAAACAAACACAAAGUUCCCCUUGAUACAAAAAAAUAGAGUCACCAUAUUUCCUUAUAAAUAGAUUGACAUCAAAGCCUUCAUGUCUAAUCCAUCUCAUCUCAUUACCUCUUACUUGAUCUCCAUUAAAAUUCUGAAUCAUCAAAUUAUGAUGAACAUUUUCAAUGUGUCUAUUGCUUUGUAUCUUUGCAUUCUUUUCGUAUUUGUUUCAUCUGAUAGUCCAGAAGCAAUGAGAGAUCUUGUGACAAACUUUCCUGGCCAACCAAAAGUGAGCUUCAGACAUUACGCCGGUUAUGUCACGGUUAAUGAAACAAAUGGGAGGGCUUUGUUUUAUUGGUUCUUCGAAGCUAUGACUCAUUCGAACGUAAAGCCUUUAGUACUGUGGCUUAAUGGAGGUCCUGGAUGUUCUUCUGUGGGAUACGGAGCAACACAAGAGAUUGGUCCAUUUCUUGUUGAUAACGAAGGAAACGAUCUUAAGUUUAAUCCCUACGCAUGGAAUAAAGAGGCCAAUGUUCUCUUUCUUGAAUCUCCGGCUGGUGUUGGGUUUUCGUAUACAAACACAAGUAGUGAUUAUAGAAAACUUGGCGAUGACUUUACAGCGAGAGACUCAUAUAUUUUUCUCCAGAAGUGGUUCUUGAGAUUCCCAGCUUACAAAGAAAACAACUUCUUUAUCGCAGGAGAGAGCUAUGCAGGAAAAUAUGUACCCGAGCUUGCAGAGGUUAUUUAUGACAAGAACAAGGAACACAACGACAACUUGUCACUUCACAUUAAUUUAAAGGGGAUUUUGCUUGGAAAUCCAUUGACAUCAUAUGCGGAAGAUUGGACAGGAUGGGUGGAUUAUGCGUGGAGCCACGCAGUGAUAUCAGACGAGAUAUAUAGAGUCAUUGAAAGGAGUUGCAAUUUCAGUAGUAACACUACAUGGGACAUUAAAGAUUGCAAAGACGGCGUAGAUGAAAUACUCAAACAAUACAAAGAGAUCGAUCAAUUCAGCCUCUACACUCCUGUCUGCAUGCACCAUUCAUCAAAGGUUGAUUCCUACGUCAACUCCAAGAUGAUACCAAGGCUGUUCGAUGGAUUUGACACGUGUUUGGAUGAUUACACAAAAGUAUUCUACAAUAGAGCUGAUGUUCAAAAGGCUCUUCACGCGACUGAUGGUGUUCAUCUCAAGAACUGGACCAUUUGCAACGCUGAUAUUCUAAAUCACUGGAACUGGACUGAUUCAAAGCGGUCCGUUUUGCCUAUAUAUAAGAAACUCAUUGCCGGAGGAUAUAGAGUUUGGGUUUAUAGUGGCGAUACUGACGGAAGAGUUCCGGUACUCUCGACAAGGUACUGCAUAAAUAAACUGGAAUUACCAAUCAAAACAACUUGGAGGCCAUGGUAUCACGAGAAACAGGUAAGUGGAUGGUUUCAAGAAUAUGAAGGUCUAACGUUUGCAACCUUCAAAGGAGCAGGACAUGAUGUGCCUUCGUUCAAACCCAGCGAAUCUCUUGCUUUUUUCUCUGCCUUUCUCAAUGGAGUUCCUCCCCCUUUGUCGCGAUAAAGACAAGCUAGUUAUGAAGAAUUGAAGAUUAUAAUAAAUUUUAUAUGCAUUUUUUAUUAGUUAUUGGUGAUGAAUUGAAAAUUCAAAAAACAAUAAUUGAAUAUGUGCUAUUGGUUUACUUGUUAAUCACAAAAAAUGCAUUUAUACUCAAUUAAAAAAUUAUUCUUAAUAUGUGUGAAAAGUUUAAAAAUUGGAUGGGAACAUAGAGAGUACUAUUUAGGUGUCUUACUUUCAAAUCAAAGCAUAACUAGUAAUGAGUAGAAAAAACUCAAGCCAUUGUAUACGUACAACAUAAAGAUCUAAUUAUAACAAAACAACUAAUAUAGAUCCAUUUCACUUUCGAUAUGAGAUCCGAACAACUUUUUAGCCAUAGAUUGUCCGCUAGAGAUUGGUUAGCUUCUUGGGGUAUUUCUACCCCCAUAACUUGCUUCCUUUGUUUGAUAUUUGAAGAGUCUCAUGAGCACUUGCUAUUAAGAUGCCCUUUCAGCGAGCAGGUUUGGACGCUGUUCCAAUCACACCUUCACUUAUCUCCUUGUGGUUUCCACACUUGGUCCUCGCUUAUUGCCUGGACAAGGUUGAAAACAGACUCUUCCCAUCCAAUUAUUCGGAAGUUUGCGUGCCAGGCCGCCGUGUACCACCUUUGGAAGCUCAGGAAUAAUAUUCUUCAUAACCAGUUCUUUGCCACACCAGCUGCAGUUUUCAAAGACAUUGAGAAGAAAAUGCGUAUUACCAUCACAGCCAGAAAGAACCGGAAGCAAUUCGCCAACUUGAUGGCUCUUUGGUAUCAGAUAAUCGUGUUGACACAAAACAAACUUUAUAAUCCUUGUGUUUUAU